CUAGAAGUGUCAAGUUCACGCCGUAACGAUUGACAUUGUGGUGAGCUUGUUCGGUGCCGUUGGUGGUAGCUGGACAUGCGCGCCAUAUUUUUGGGUAUAAAGCUUGCAGACGGUAUAGGGCGGCAAUGCAAAUUUAUUAGUUUCGGCCUUGUCCUUACCACCCUGGUUUGAUGAUCUCAAAGGUCCUUUGCGAAUCUGGCUGUGCUUCCGACACAAAAAGGCUUAGCAUAGCGUCUUUCGAAAUAUGUGUUCGAAGCGAGCACAUUCCGCUUGAAAUGGACGACGCAUAGACGGUGGAACCGGUGGAGAUGACCAUAGGCAUUGAGUUAGUAUAACUAGUAUCAGGGAGGUGAAUCUUAUAUAUAUAGUUGUCAAGUCUGCAUUUGUUACAGUGUUGAUAAAGGAGAGCUAAUAUGCUAAAAAUGCGAGAAAGAGAUAAGCUAACAUGUCAAAAUGUGAAGAGGAGAAGAUCGAACCGAUAAACCUGAAGCUGAAGAUAGAAGGGGCACUUCCAACCCUAUGCGCACACACUCCCUGGAAGUUGUUUGAAGGAACCAAGGCUACUCCAAGUGGCAAGCAUAUGUACUUGUUGAAGACGUCCGAGAUCCCUGACAAGUACUGCUGGUCUCUGCGAAGUCGAGAUUUCUGUGACACUCUUGAAAUAGACCAAUACAUGGCUCUAUCCAAGGAAGACCUUAUGAUUCACUGGAUCACCAACACCCACUCUUUGAUUUCACAGCACGUGGAGACUCUCGCAAGCAUACCUUACUUGUCCCUCAUACUAGUUUCUGUGCUCCAGUCCCAAAACGACAAGCAGCAUUUACGUGUCUUGAAUGAUGAACUCGGACCCGCUCCUAUCACAAGUUCCACGAAAGGAGAAUCGUGCCAUCGAGCUGAAUCUGAUAUCCAGAGCGAUCUGAUGGACUGGGUAUCAACAAGCGACAUGCUGUACAUGGAAACCAACUCUAUUCUUGUACAGCUCAUCCGUUCCAUACCCCACGCUGCCGAGAAGCGGCCGUACAACCUGGCUGCGAUUGCCGAACGGGUGGCUACGACGAAGGAUGCAACGCUUGAGAUGCUUCGUGAAUUGGAGAAGCAAAAUAUCACCGAAGCGGCGGAUGGCUAUAAGCUCUUGCAGGAUGAGGUUGCUGCUGAGCUCGCUCGCCUUGGUAAUCUGCGGGAGAAGGUGGUAUUAGAAACGAAGUCGUUGGAAGCGGUCGUACUUGAGCAAUACAAGGCGCAUCUCCAGAAUGUUCGUCUGAUUGCAUCGAAGGACAAGGGCAGCGCGACUGGGGCGGGUGUCGUCACGGUUACACGAUUGGAGGCAAAGAGAGGAAGUCAUUGA